AUGGGUCGUCGUAAAAUUGAAAUUGCAGCAGUGAAGGAUCCUAAUACGAGACAAGUCACAUUUUCAAAGCGUCGAACAGGUUUAUUCAAAAAGGCGAAUGAACUAUCGAUACUGUGCGGUGCAGAAAUUGCAAUUGUCGUGUUCUCUAUUGGAAACAGACCUUACUCUUUUGGGCACCCAGGUGUCGAUGCUGUUGCAGCCAAAUUUCUUGAACAUGAAAUCGUCAAAUCAAAUGAUGUCGAACAAAACAACGUAGAAGUUGGUGACAUUGGUAGGUUGAAUCAACAACUGUUAGAUAUUGAAGCCCGAAUACUUGUGGAGGAAAAGAAGGGCUUAGAGCUUGAUCAGAUACUAAAACAGCACCAACUGUCACAGCCUUCCCAAUUUAAACAAUUACAAGAUUCAUAUUUAGAAUUCCAACGUAGGCUGAAAGAUUACACUGAUGCGAUUGAGGUAUCAGAAUGUUUGAUUCUACUUGCACAAGAACCCGUUGUCCAAAUAACAAAACAGGUGAAGAAAAGAAGAAAGAAUUGA